AGAAAGCUCACGCUUCCUUCAUUUCGAAUUCAACCCAAAUUCUCAACCCUAAAUGGAAAUCGCCAUCGCCGGGAAGAAGAAGAGCUCUCCCAAUAUGCUCGCGCCGGGCUUCCGAUUCCACCCCACGGACGAGGAAUUGGUGCGCUACUAUCUCCGCCGGAAAGUCUGCGGCAGAGGUUUCCGAUUCCAUGCCAUCUCCGAUAUCGAUAUCUACAAGGCUGAGCCUUGGGAUCUUCCUAGCUUCUCGAAGCUGAAGACUAGGGAUCUGGAAUGGUAUUUCUUUAGUAUGUUGGAUAAGAAAUAUGGUAACGGAGCAAGGACGAACAGAGCCACUGAAAAAGGGUAUUGGAAGACUACUGGAAAGGACAGGGCUGUCUACCACAGAGGGCAGAUUGUUGGGAUGAAGAAGACUCUUGUAUAUCACAUUGGGCGUGCUCCAAAGGGAGAGAGAACCAACUGGGUUAUGCAUGAGUAUAGACUCACUGACUUGGAGCUGGAGAGAGCUGGGAUUCAUCAGGAUGCAUUUGUGCUCUGUCGUGUCUUCCAGAAGAGUGGAUCCGGGCCAAAGAACGGUGAACAAUACGGGGCACCAUUUGUGGAAGAGGAAUGGCUGGAUGAUGACUCGGAAUUGAUUCUAAAAGCAGAGGCUGGAGAGGUGGUUGACUUUGGGGAUGAUGCUUAUUUGGAUGGUGAUGAUCUUGAGCAGAUCCUUGGAUCAGAUAUUCCAUCUGCCGAUUCCCCUCUUCAAUCGAAUUGUCAGCCUGCAGAUGGCAGCUUUGUUGAGGGAACUGCAGAGUCCGUAGAUGAUAGCCCAAAGCUCUUAUUGACCGCUGGUGAUCAGUAUGGUGAACUCGAGCAUUAUGAUAUACCUGCUCCAUUUGACAUGGAUGUAAGAGCUGUCAAACAUGAAUUCAUUGGCGAAUCCAGCAAAUCGGGGAAUUCUGAUGAGUUGGAUUUCUUACUUGAUGAACCAUUCCAAGAGAAUCCUGAUGACCUGCCAUAUGGCAAUGUGGGCUUCAUUGAAGCUAGUGAUCUAUCACAUCCCGUUGAAGCUAAUACUUCUCAUGACGACAUGCUUGAGGAGUUCUUUACAUUAUAUGAUGCCAAUGUUGACAAUUCACAAGACUUUGCAUAUGAUUCCUUUGCUAUGCUGGGAAGCGAGGACCUUAUUCCUGGCGAGCCAUUGUUUCCUUUUGAGGAACCCGAAGUUGGAGAGAAAUCUACUUUACCCAGCGGACAACCUCUCAACAACAACAAUGGCGACGCUGCACCAUCAUCUGAUACGCUUGACUCCUCGACGUACAAAUCAGAUUUCCAAUAUCCAUUCUUUAACAAGGCCAGCCAGAUGCUGGGAAGCAUCCCUGCUCCACCAGCCUAUGCUGCCGAGUUUCCUUCAAAAGAUGUCAUGCGUCGUCUCAAUACUUUAUCGCAGCCUUCUACAUCAGCUCAUGUCACUGCCGGCAUGUUCCAGAUAAGAAACCUGUCAACGGAUGGCAAUGGAGUAGACAAGUUACUAAGCAAGCCUGCAAACCUCAACAUCAUACUCUCAUUUGGAUAUUCACGAGGGGAGGAUGGUUCCGCCCGUCUGGAGUCGAGCAUAAGCCUGCUUCCCGGGAAGACAGUGGCGAUUAUGCAAUCCAGGGGCUGGUUCUACUUCAUGUUCUUUUGGAUCCUAGUGCUCUCCAUCAGCUACAAGAUUGGGGGCUGUGUAUGUGCAAAGUAAAACGAGGGAAUCUCUAAUCGCGCUAACACGCUAAUACCAUCGGGUAAGCAACGAUCUAAUCCGCACGCUCAUCGGAUGUCUGGGAGAUUUGCUUGCUUCUGUCGAAACAGAUGUUUAGGAAGAAUAGAUUAAUUUCAAGUCUUGGAGCAGUGUGAUUGGCUUCUAUCAUGCUGUGAUUAUUGUUAUUGAAGUUAUUCAUGGACUAAAGUUGUGAAAUACUAACAUCUUUGAACUCAAUAGCGCUGGAAGUCUGUAUAAUAGAGUCUGAUCUGUUGAGACUGAGACUUUUUUCUUCAACUUUCUAUUGAAAUUCCUCAAUUCAGAUAUUAAAAUUAUAUUCUCUUCGUUCCA